AUGACUGGUCAGGAUGGCUUGUCCUCGUCCUUGGUGGAGACCGUAGCAGGAUUCACGGCCGGAAUCGUUUCGACUCUUUGUCUGCAUCCGCUGGAUUUGGUCAAAACUCGACUCCAAGUCGAUCGAUCCUCGUCCUCUCGCCUGGGCGGCUCGCUCCGGGUGGUCCGCGGGAUAUUUCACCAGGAAGGCGGCAUCACCGCAUUCUAUCGCGGGUUGACGCCCAACGUGAUCGGGAAUUCUACCAGCUGGGCGCUGUAUUUUCUGUGCUACGGCAAUGUCAAGGACUUGUUGCGGGCUUCUCGCCUGUCCUCGGGGCAGGAGCUGACGUCUUCCGAUUAUUUCCUUGCCUCGGGAACCGCCGGCAUGCUGACCUCUAUCCUGACGAAUCCGAUCUGGGUGAUCAAGACCCGGAUGUUAUCCACCGGUUCUCGAAUGCCCGAGGCGUAUGCCUCCUUCACUAGUGGCGCGGCACAAAUCUAUCGCUCGGAGGGUAUCCCGGGUUUCUAUAGGGGCCUUCUUCCGGCCCUUUUUGGCGUCAGCCAUGGCGCCCUACAGUUCAUGGCGUAUGAGCAGCUGAAGUUGCGCCGGGCCCGCAUGUAUCACGUAUCGAUGCCCGGUGGUGACCAUCCGACCGCCUCCCAGCGACGGGAGCUUGGUAACCUGGAUCUUUUCGUGAUCUCCAGCCUGUCCAAGAUAUGUGCCGGCUGCGUCACUUAUCCUUAUCAGCUCCUGCGCUCCCGACUGCAGACCUAUGAUGCCCAUGUGGUGUACCGCGGAGUCUGGGAUGCCGUUGUGCAGAUCGGAUCCAAGGAGGGGAUCGCCGGCUUCUACAAGGGCCUGGGACCGAAUCUGAUUCGGGUGCUUCCAAGCACCUGGAUGACCUUUCUGGUGUAUGAGAACACCCGAGCUUAUCUGCCCGGUCUCUUCUCCAAAUGA